CUGGCUAAAGACUUGUUAUAAGCCCUGCCGUCACCAAUUACAAACGGCUUUCUACCUCGUGCUCAUGAGCGAAUACCUGUCGCUGAAAUCGAGACACUACAAUGUUGGGUCUGGAUAUUGCUUCCAAGCGCAAGAGGAAGCCCGCCGACUAUCCCUAUCACCUGGACUACCGGACUCGAUGGUCCGACAAUGAUGUCUACCACCAUAUGAACAACAGCAUAUAUUCCUUCUUGAUCGACUCAAUUGUCAAUGCUUACUUGAUCGAAAAGUGUGGCUUGGAUCCUGCAAAAUCAAACCAGGUUGGCUUAGUAGUUAGCACGUAUUGCGACUACUUUGGUUCGGUGGGAUAUCCUUCUGUACUGGAUCUGGGCCUGAGGGUUGUCAAACUGGGCAAAUCUAGUGUCAUGUACGAAGUGGGAGUUUUUGAGCAGGGCGAAGAGCAAGUCAAAGCCGUCGGUGGCUCGAUCCAUGUGUUUGUUGAAUCCAAGGGACGACGGCCGGCCAAGGAUGGAAUGGAGCCUCGUAUGAGGCAAGGACUGGCACAGCUCCUCGAGACAGAGAAGGACAAAUCCAAGUUAUAGCAAGAACCAGACAUCGCUGAAAUGGUAUUGAAUUUUCUUUUAUUGCUGCCA